AUGGAUUCGCAGCAGCAGUUUGAGCGUCUUGUCACCUUCGUCUUCAGGUAUUUUGACAUUCACGAGAAAGGUCGUGUCCCCGCCGGAGUUUUGGGAUCCAUGCUACGGUCCCUGGGCCAAGUUUGGAGUUUUGCAGAAAUCGUGCAAGUGGUUGACAAGCAAGGCGAACGAGAAAUCACAUUGUUCGAUUUCCAAUCCCUGGCAAGGAAGAAACGGGCGGCAGAGCUCCAGAGCCUCAACAAGUCGAAGCAAAAGAAAAAGAACUCCUUGAAUGCUCUCAGUGCUCUAGGGGACUCCGUAGCUGAUCCUUUCCCUGGCUUGUCCCUCGCAGAGAUCGAGGAACUGCGUGUCUGUUUCUCUCUCUUAGACCCUGACGGCACUCAAGUGUGUGCAAGAAAUGAAAUAGAGCAGAUUCUGACUUGCUUAGGGGAGCAGCUGUCGCCGGCAGACGUGCAGCAACUCUUCCUCUUGGAGCGCCUAGAAGGAAAGCAGUUCCUCAACUUCGACGAGUUUGCCAGACUCUGCGAAAGGAUUUAA